AUGGGGCCUUGGCGUCGAGUCAGGGUGGCCAAAUGCCAGCUGCUGGUCACCAGCCUCUUUGUCUUGCUCCUGGGCCUCGCUAUGGCCACCGUGGCAGCGCUCACCUAUUUCGGGCCCCACUUUACUGUCAUCGGCCACGCAUCCUCCGAGAGGACCGCCUACGAGGCCUUGCACCUCUGGGCCUUCUCUGCAGGAAUCAUCCUGGCCGGGCUCCUGACCCUGGGGGCUGUGCUGAGCGCUGCAGCCACUGUGAGAGAGGCCGGGGGCCUCAUGGCUGGGGCCUUCGUGUGCUUUGCCCUGGUGUUCUGUGCCCUGGUGCAGGUGGCCUUCUGGAGAUUCCACAACCCCACCCAGGUGGAGGACUCCGUGUUGGACACCUACGACCAGGUGUACGAGCAGGCGGUGAGAAGCUCUUCCGGGGGAAUCUGGCGGCAGGAGCUGGCGGCCAUCCAGGACACCUUUCGGUGCUGCGGCAAGAGCUCCCCCCUUGGGCUCCCCGGGGGCGCGGAGGCUGACCUGUGUCAGGGGGAGGAGGCGGCCAGACAGGACUGCCUGCAGGGGAUCCGGAACUUCCUGGGGAUGCACGGGAACAUCGCCUCCACCCUGAUCAGCCUGGGCCUCGCCUCCACGGUGUACUCGCUGCUGCUCAGCGCCUUCCUCUGGUUCUCCAUCCGCUCAGGCAGAUACACGCUAAGCCCACGGGCCCGUGGCUGCCAGCCCCAGGAGCCCGGCUUCUUCAGACGCUGCCAGGAGGGGCCCGCACCUCAUCCCCCGUCCGAAGCAGUUGCUCUUGGGGGCCGUCUGGGUCACGUUCCACUGCUCCAGGACACCCACCCACCUGCCCACAGGAGCAACAGAGAUGCUCCAGCCUCAGCCCGCACGUGACCCUUCCCCGGAGGGGAUGAGCUGUUUGCCUCCACGCAGUGGUGGGACGGGGCGGGAGGUGACCCAGCCAGACUAGCAGCCUCCAUGUAAGCAGAUGGGGGACCAGGGUUCACGCGCAGACUCCGGGGACA